GCGCGCUGUGCGCAGGGCAAAAGCGACCCUUAAACCGGGGUAGAUAGCGACAGUCCUGGGUAAUUAGAUUUCGGCCUCACAAAAGACAAAACAUUUCACUUCAUUUCGUUUUAUUUCAAACCCGCAGAUCCAGAACUAAGGAUAUUAACCGACGCGUAUCCGGUGGUGUGUGAGUUCAAGAACGAGAAUCAACCCACAAGAGCAAGAAAUCCCCCAGAAAACGAGCAGAAGUUCACCGAAGUUUCUCAGUGUUCAUCAUGGAGGAGAAGAAGGAGGAGGGCGAAGCGGAGAUCCACGAACACGGACCCGAGCACUGGUUCUCCAAGUGGGAGCGCCAGUGCCUCGCGGAGGCCGAGAGGGAAGAGCCUAGCGAGGAGGAGGUGGACCAGAACCAGGAGAAACUCUGGCACCUCUUCCAGAACUCCGCUACGGCGGUGGCGCAACUUUAUAAAGAUCGAGUCUGUCAUCAGCAAGGACUGUCAUUGUGGUCUCCGUUUCAGAACGCUGCAACAGCAGUGACUAAUCUUUACAAAGAGAGCGUUGAUGCACACAAGAGGAGCUUUGACUUAGGAAUCCAGAUUGGUCAUCAGCGACGUAAUAAAGAUGUUUUGGCCUGGGUAAAAAAGCGAAGGAGAACUAUACGAAGGGAGGAGUUGAUAAGUUUCCUCUGUGGUAAAGCGCCACCACCAAGGACUUCUAGAGCAGCCCCCAAACUGACUGUCAUGUCUCCCAACCGACCGCCUUCAUCAGACACAGAAUCAUCUGUAGAGACUGAUUUACAGCCCUUCUGUGAGGCCAUAGCACUACAUGGUCUGAGUGGAGCGAUGGCCAGCAUCAGCGUCCGCUCAAGCACUCCCGGCUCUCCGACUCAUGUCAGCGGCAGCUCCAAUGCAGGGCGCAGGAGGAACGGACUGCACGAUGUGGACUUGAACACUUUCAUAUCGGAGGAGAUGGCCCUCCAUCUUGGCAGCGCAGGCACCAGGAAGCGGACCUCGGUCCAGUGCGCAGACGUCAUCACAGACUCCCCAACCCAUAAACGCAACAGAAUGCUCUGAACUCAGUUGUUGUUCUGUAUGCUUUGUGCUGCUUAAAAUAAAAGCCGCUUGAUCCUCAA